AUGUCGGACGGCGUGCGGCCAGCGCUGAUCUUGAUUUGUGGCCCCUCUGGCUCUGGCAAGUCAACCCUGGCGAAAAGGCUCGGUGAUGAGCUACAGGCAGCUGUGAUUCACCAGGAUGACUACUUCUUGAAGCCCUUCCUGCGUUACCGGGACCGGGCCGCUUUGGCGUCGCAAGCAGAGAGCACGCCUUCCGGUUCACAAACUGUCCAAUCUGUGUGCCCUCCCUGCCCAACGCCCCCCCUUCCCCCCCACCAAUCAAAGGUAGAUGAUGCAUAUGAGGGGCCAGCAAACGUGGAUUGGCCACGACUACAGCAAGACGCGUGCCUGGACGCUUGUUUAGCGAGAGAGAGAGAGACAACCACCGGCGGACUUCUUAAGACCCAACUCGGCCCGUAG